GCGUGCAGUCGUACAGAGACGGGUCUGCGAUCGAAUUCUCUUUCCCGGUUACAGCAUAAUCCUCCCUGUCUUCCUGAAAAAAUUCUGCAAGGGAGGGAGAGGACUUGCAGAGAUUUCAAUUGGAGGUAAAGUCAACUAAGAGAAAAUUUCAUGAGCUCUCCAUGUCGCUGGCGCUAUUUUGUUGUUGAUUGUUCUUAAUUAGAGUUGGGAAGCGCUCGAGCUUUGAUUUUAAUUUUCUAGGGUUUCGGCUGAAACAUUAGCCAUUUGCGUGAUCCGGUAAUAAUCGGACCUUCUUGUUGGAAGUUAAUUUUGUAGUUCCUGUAGCUCCGGCGAGAUGAUGAUGUUUGAGGAUAUGGGGUUUUGUAACGAUUUCGAUUUCUUCGCCACCGGUGCUCCGAUGAAGGAAGUAGACGUCUGUCCUUCUCUACAGAUGGCUGAGGCAGAUCCGGUGGUGGAGGACGAUUACACUGAUGAGGAGAUCGACGUCGAUGAGCUGGAAAGGAGGAUGUGGCGGGACAAGAUGCGUCUGAAAAGGCUCAAGGAGAUGAGCAAGGGAAGAGAAGGCGGCGUCAUGGAUGCUGCGAAGCAUCGGCAGUCGCAGGAGCAGGCGAGGAGGAAGAAGAUGUCGAGGGCGCAGGACGGGAUCCUCAAGUACAUGUUGAAGAUGAUGGAAGUGUGCAAGGCUCAAGGAUUCGUAUAUGGGAUCAUCCCGGAGAAAGGCAAGCCGGUGAGCGGCGCAUCCGACAAUCUCCGCGAGUGGUGGAAGGACAAGGUCCGAUUCGAUCGUAAUGGCCCGGCCGCCAUAUCCAAGUACCAAGUCGAGAACGGAAUCCCGGGGCCGAACGAGGGGUCGACCCCCGUCGGCCCUACGCCGCACACCCUGCAGGAGCUGCAAGACACCACUCUCGGCUCGCUUCUGUCCGCCCUUAUGCAGCACUGCGAUCCGCCGCAGCGGCGCUUCCCGUUGGAGAAAGGCGUCCCGCCGCCGUGGUGGCCGACGGGAAAGGAAGAGUGGUGGCAUCAGCUCGGCCUUCAGAAGGAGCACGGCCAAGGGCCGCCACCGUAUAAGAAGCCUCACGAUCUCAAGAAGGCGUGGAAGGUCGGGGUGCUAACCGCCGUCAUCAAGCACAUGUCGCCGGACAUUGCCAAAAUCCGGAAGCUCGUCCGGCAGUCGAAGUGUCUGCAGGACAAAAUGACUGCUAAGGAAAGCGCGACGUGGCUCGCCAUCAUCAACCAGGAGGAAGCCUUGGCUCGGGAGCUUUACCCCGACCGGUGCCCGCCACUGUUGUCGUCCGGUGUCAGCGGAUCACCCGCGAUGAACGAUGGCAGCGAGUAUGACGUCGAUGUGUGCGACAACGAGUCGAGCUUUGAUGUUCACGAGCAAAAGCCUAAUGCCCUCGGUCUCCUCAACAUCGGGAUGGAAAGUUUCCAGCAGCCUCCCCCCGGAAUCAAAGACGAAUUCGUCGCCAAUUUAGACUUCUCCCGGAAAAGGAAGGCGGGCAACGAGAUCAACAUGAUGAUGGACCAUAAGAUGUACACGUGCGAGUUUCCUCACUGCCCUUAUGGCGAACUUCACCGCGGCUUUCAGGAUCGAGCUUCCCGGGACAAUCAUCAGCUCUCUUGCCCGUACAAGUGCGCUCCCGGAUAUAGGACGUUAAACAACGAAGUCAAGCCGCUUGUCUUCCCCCAGGCAUCUGUGCCGAAUCCUACACCUCCAUUCGAUCUGUCGAGGCUCGGUGUUCCCGAAGACGGGCAAAGAAUGAUCAACGAUCUCAUGUCCUUCUACGACAACAGUAUCCAUGGGACGAACAAAACAGUCUCCAAUGCAGCAGCGAAGGAGCAGGAGGGCUGUGUCCACGUCCACGGUCAGGGAAUAUCGUUCGAUGGCGCGUACAAUCCAUCGGAUCAGUUCUACCUCAACACCAGCAAAGUUGUGAAUUCUUCUUUCAACCACAACCCGGUGGCGGCCGAGAGCUUCCAACUAAUGUUCGGAGGUUCUCCGUUCAAUAUACAGCCGCAGCGGCCAGGCGAUUACGCGGAUAGCCUGGCGAAGCAGCAGGACGUCGGCAUUUGGUACUGAACUAAAUGGGUAGAAUGAGUCCAACUCCAAAUGUCGAGGGAUUACAACUACACAAAGAGAGGUGUUGCAAGUUCAACUGUUCAUGUCCUGAUCAGGUGGAUUCUUUUUCACCCAAUUGUGAUUAUCGGUUGGUUCAUUGUUCUUGUUUUCCCCAGUCAAUAUAGUCUUAUUAUAAAAUAAUAAUAAGUUUGAGAUUAUUACAAAUAUGGAUAAAGGCAUAGGUGUAGAUGCAGACAGGAAGGUAAGAGAAGAGUGAUGAUUGUAAUAAAGAAAGAGGAAAGAAACAAGUGGGAUGGUAAUGGUCUGGUCUGGUGUGGUAUGGUCCUCCUUCAGACAACUUAACAUGUGUAGUAGGGAAAGAUCUAAGAUGAUGAUGGAUGGAUGUUGCAUAAAUUAGUAGGAUUAUUAGUUUUCAUUUUUGAAAUUUGAGAGAAUUAUCUUUUAGUGGGUGGGGUGGGGUGGGGUUUGAUAAGUCCAUUAUGUAAUGUAAUGUAAUGUAUUUGCAAUUUGGUGUCCAGAUAGAUAUAUUAUUGUCCAACCUGGGUUGGCUGGCUGGCUGGCUGGCUGUAUUUUGUUGACUAAAGGUUCUUUGUUUCUGUGUCAUAGUCGUAGAUCUCCACCGUUGAAUGGUGAAACAUCAACGGUGUGGAUGUGGAUGUGGACGGGGGAAUUAGGAUAUUAUUGGAUAUCCCCCCCCCACCUUAAUCUUGUCAAAUAUGUAUAUUUAUUUAUUUAUUUAUUUUUAAUUGUGUUUGGAGGCUUCUCAUCUCAA